GGAUGAGAGUUAUAAAUAUCUGUCGUGGAUGCUGCAUCUAGCUGGAGACCGGAGCAUCUAGAACAGACGAGAAGCAGGUUUCAUUGGCAAGUCGACAGGCAACGCAACAGAGCCAUCAACAUGCGAGAGAUCGUGCACCUCCAAGCGGGGCAAUGUGGAAAUCAGAUCGGUGCCAAGUUUUGGGAGGUGAUCAGUGAUGAGCACGGUAUUGAUCCUACCGGCAGCUAUCACGGGGACAGUGAUCUGCAAUUGGAAAGAAUCAACGUUUACUACAAUGAAGCCUCUGGUAACAAAUUUGUACCCCGUGCUAUCCUUGUGGAUCUGGAGCCUGGCACAAUGGACUCUGUCAGGUCUGGACCUUUUGGACAAAUUUUCAGGCCAGAUAACUUUGUCUUUGGCCAGAGUGGUGCUGGUAACAACUGGGCAAAGGGUCACUACACCGAAGGAGCAGAGUUAGUGGACUCUGUGCUGGAUGUGGUACGGAAGGAGUCUGAAAGCUGCGACUGCCUGCAGGGUUUCCAGCUCACCCACUCCCUUGGGGGUGGCACUGGCUCCGGCAUGGGCACCCUCCUCAUCAGCAAGAUCCGAGAGGAAUACCCUGACCGCAUAAUGAACACCUUCAGCGUCAUGCCGUCCCCCAAGGUGUCAGACACUGUGGUCGAGCCCUACAAUGCUACCCUCUCGGUACACCAGUUGGUGGAGAAUACUGAUGAAACAUACUGCAUUGACAACGAAGCCUUAUACGACAUCUGCUUCCGUACGCUGAAGCUCACCACGCCAACUUAUGGGGACCUCAAUCACCUGGUGUCUGCCACCAUGAGCGGCGUCACCACGUGUCUCAGGUUCCCCGGCCAGCUGAACGCAGAUCUCCGUAAACUGGCAGUCAACAUGGUGCCUUUCCCCCGCCUUCACUUCUUCAUGCCCGGUUUUGCGCCUCUGACCAGCCGUGGCAGUCAGCAGUACCGUGCCCUGAGCGUGCCAGAGCUGACCCAACAAAUGUUUGAUGCCAAAAACAUGAUGGCUGCUUGCGACCCUCGCCACGGCCGAUACCUGACUGUGGCUGCCAUUUUCCGUGGCCGCAUGUCAAUGAAGGAAGUAGACGAGCAGAUGCUCAAUGUCCAGAACAAGAACAGCAGCUACUUUGUGGAAUGGAUCCCCAACAACGUCAAGACCGCCGUCUGUGACAUCCCACCCAGGGGCCUCAAAAUGUCCGCCACCUUCAUCGGCAACAGCACCGCCAUUCAGGAGCUGUUCAAGAGAAUCUCAGAGCAGUUUACGGCCAUGUUCCGGCGCAAGGCUUUCUUGCACUGGUACACUGGUGAAGGUAUGGAUGAAAUGGAAUUCACAGAAGCUGAGAGCAACAUGAACGACUUGGUCUCAGAGUACCAGCAAUACCAAGAUGCUACUGCAGAUGAACAGGGAGAGUUUGAGGAUGAGGAAGGCGAAGAUGAGGCAUAACUGUCCUUUACUGCCAACAACUGGCAUGUCAAUUACAGCAACCAAAAGCACAUCACUUUAAAUAAAGCCUUUAAACAGGCAUGAUGACGCAUGCUUGAUUGUUAUUUUUGUUGUUGGAUGUUAAUGUGUUUUUUGUUUUGUCUUUUUAACCUAAACAAUGUGAAAAUCAUGCCCUGUAACGCACACACAAAUAUUUAAUAGGUGUAAACCAUUAAAAGCUUUAUACGUUC